AUGUGUGGAAUAUUUUGUUAUAUUUAUCACAAAAAGGAAAAUAAUGAUAAGCGUGGACCAGAUAAAUUAUCAUCUUACAGCCAAACCUUUAAUGAACAAUUAGUAGAAACAAUAAAUCUAAUUGAAGGUCCUUUCAGUUUGAUAUAUUACCAAAAAUCUACCAACUUGCUCUACUUUGGAAGAGAUUUUAUUGGCCGUCAUAGUCUCUUAAUAAAAGUAGAAAAAAAUGAAUCUUUUAUGCUAACUUCAACAGCUAAUAAAAGUAUAGAAAAUAUAAUUGAAUUGCCAGCAUGUGGAAUAUUCGUCAUGGACUGUAACAAUUCCAAUUUUGACUUAGCUUGUUAUCCAUGGCAUGCUUCGCAUCAGAGAUGCCAAACAAUUCUAAAUGACUUAAAUCUUCCAAUAAAUAUCACUGUUAAGGAAUCAAUAUUAUCUUCAAAAUUAACAGACAAUAAUCUAGAAACAAUUCCUGAUAAUUUAUCUUAUUUUGAAGCUGACUUAGAUACAAAAGAUGUAAAAAAAUCAAUGAGCGAGUUGUUAAAAAAUUCUGAAAUUAAUGAACGUGUUGAAAGUCUUUGGAAGCUUUUAAAAAAAUCUAUAGAAGUAAGGAUAAAAUUAAAACCAGAGUACUGUAAAAAUUGUAUAAAGCUUAUUUUAGCUGAUGAAAUUAAUUUAAAGUGUAAUCACUCUAAAAUUGGUAUUCUUUUUUCUGGAGGUUUAGACUCGACAAUUUUAGCGGCUAUUGCUAAUGAAUUUGUACCUGAUACUGAAAGCAUUGACUUGAUUAACGUGGCUUUUGAAAAAAAAUUAAAAUCUAAUGGAGAAAAAAUUAAAUCCAAUUGUGGAGUUUCAAUUUUUGAUGUACCUGAUAGACUUACUGGCCGACAAGCUUUUAAAGAAUUAGAAAAACUUUAUCCUAAUAGAAAUUGGAAUUUUAUAGAAACAAAUGUUUCGCGGAAAGAGUUAGAAGAUUGUUGUGAAAAUAUAAUUAGUCAUUUAAUUUAUCCGCUAAAAACAAUUUUAGAUGAAAGUUUAGGGUGUGCAGUUUGGUUUGCCAGUCGUGGUUCUGGUUUGUUGUCUAAUGAAGAAUUUUAUGAGUCUCCUUGUAGAGUACUACUUCUUGGAAUGGGCGCAGAUGAACUUUUCGGAGGAUAUACUAGACAUAGAACUACGCUUCGUCGCCAGGGUUGGAAAGCACUCUGGCAGGAGUUAAAUAUGGAGUUGUUCAGAAUAUCUGAAAGGAACUUGGGCAGAGAUGAUCGGGUUAUCUCCAAUCACGGCCGUCAAUCUCGUCUGCCUUAUCUCGAUGAAAAUGUGAUACAAUAUGUAAAAAGUCUUAAGCCUUGGGAGCGUUGCUAUCCGACUGAAAAAAUGCCUCCUGGAUUUGGUGAUAAAUUAUUACUGCGUCUUUUAGCGUUUAAAAUUGGAUUACAUGAGACUGCGAAUAAAACUAUGGACGCGCAAUAUUUAUCGUUAAUUUCUCAAGCAGAAACUAAAAUCAGUGAUAAUAAUUCAUUAUUAACAUCAACAAAAAUUCGGAAUUCUAAAAUAAAAGAUGUAUUUAUAAGUGCUUGGCCCAAAGGAUUGGAAAAAGAAUUCAAUCAACUACUAACCCGCGAAGCCGUAGAAUUUAUAGUAGACCUAAUUGUCGAGUUUGAAGACGGCAUCAAUAAUCUUUACAGCAGUAGAUUUAAAAGAAAACUCCAACAAACAAGUCUUAAAAAUACUUUAAAAUUUUUAAAACCAAAUACCGAUGAUUGGAAAGUGGCUCCAGUAAGUGAUCGUUUGAGCAAUCGCCGUUUGGAUUUAGGAGAUGUAAGCCCAAGUAACUUGGAGCACUUUAGUGCAGCAAUGUGUGCUGAUGUCCAAGGAAUCCAGGUUGAUUUUGACGAUGGACACUGUCCCACAUGGUUCAAUCAAAUCUACGGUCUUCAUAAUGUUUACAAAGCAGUCCACAAUCUCUUUCCAAGACUCCCUGAUGUUUCUCAAGCACCUAUUCUGAUGCUAAGACCGCGAGCUUGGAAUAUGCUGGAGGAUAAUUUUAGCAUCAAUGGAAAAUCCAUUCCCGGUUCAUUAUUUGACUUUGCAUUAUUAAUUUUUCAUAAUGGUAAAAAACUCCAGCAGUCAAACAACGGACCUUGUUUUUAUCUUUCCAAACUUGAGAGUUAUCAAGAAGCUAAACUCUGGAAUGAUAUUUUUUCUUGGAGUGAAAAUAAACUUGAACUUCCUUACGGUUCAAUUAAAGCCUGUGUGCUUAUUGAAAAUAUUUUAGCCAUUUUUGAAAUAGAAAAUAUUUUAUACGAGCUUAGAGAUCACUCUCUUGGUCUCAAUUGCGGAAUUUGGGACUAUGCAGCGUCAAUUAUUUCUAAAUUUUCUAAUGAUGAGUCAUUUGUUAUUCCAGACAGGAAUAAAUAUCUUGUAAUUAAAACUUGUCAUAAAAGAGGAACUCAUGCGACUGGUGGUAUGAUUGCAAGUUACUUACAAAAAAAUAUUGGCUCCGAAGACUAUCAGAAUUUAUUAAACGACAUCUUGGAGAGUAAAUUGAUGGAAAUUCAAGAAGGCAUUGAUGGUUUUUUGAUUUAUGAUUUGUCUUUAAUCUCUGCAAUAAAAAAUCUGUGGAAAAACUUGAAGGAAAUAACUAAAGAAGAUUUGUUAACACUUCCUAAAGGCGGUGUUACUAUUGAAGGAUUGAAACACAAUAUUCGUGUCUCUAUUUUGUUUAUUUACAACUGGCUAAAUGGUAAAGGACACUUUGUUCAUCAAAAUUCAGUUGAAGAUUCGGCUACUGCUGAAAUAUCAAGGUCACAAAUCUGGCAGUGGAUAAGACACUCAGCGAGAUUAGAGAGUUUUGAUGAUGUAGUUGUUACCAUAAAAAUGGUCCAUUAUUUUGCUAAAGAAAUUCUUGAGAAUCUUUUAAUUGAAUCUGAAAAAAAUGGGGGUAAAUAUCAAAAUUAA